AUGGAGGACCAUCGAACGGUGAAAAUAGAUAAAAUAUCAUUUGCUAAAGAACACUCGUUUAAGAUUUUAAAUAAGUUGCAUUUAUUACGGAAAGAGAAUUCGAUGUGUGACGCAACUUUGUCAGUCGAGGGCAAGAAGUUCCCUGUUCAUCGAAACGUUUUGUGUGCCUCGAGUGCUUAUUUUCAAGUCAUGUUCACGAGCGGAAUGGCAGAAAGCUUUGCAGAUCAUGUCGAAAUUCACGGUAUUCAAGCCGAUAUCUUUGAUGCAAUCCUCGAUUUUAUCUACACUGGUAAAGUGGAGGUCAGUGAGGAUAAUGUCCAACAGCUUUUACCGGCAUCAAAGAUGUUACAAAUCGAAGACAUCGAGGUAAUUUGUUGCGAUUUUUUGAAACAUGAACUCGACUCAUCGAAUUGCGUCGGGAUCUAUACGUUUUCAGAUGCGCAUUCUUGUUUUAAUUUAUCAAAAUCAGCAUUGGAUUUCAUACACCGAAACUUUGUCGAAGUUUCCAAACAGGAUGAGUUUUUACAACUCACUAAGACUUCUUUGCUACAAAUGUUAGCAUCAGAAGAGCUGAAAAUUGAAUCUGAGGAACAGGUAUUCGAAGCAGCUAUGCGGUGGGUAGUGCAUGACUUAUCUAGAGGAAGAGAAGCUUUGGGAAAUAUUCUGGAACAAAUCAGACUUCCUUUGGUCUCCCCUAAAUUCCUUGAACAAUACCUUGUCACGUGUCAGAGUGCAAGCAUUAAAAGAAUGCUCGCAGGAAUUCUCGAUGGGUACCGAAAUUACCAAUCAUUAGCUAGAAGCCAACAGCGGGUGCACACUCAACCAAGAAGGGCCUCAAGAAAGUGCUUUUUUAUCAUUGGAGGUUACAGUCGGACAGUGGGAGGGCGAUGGAGUGAUACGUCCUCUCUUUACACUGUUGAGAAGUUUGACUCCUUUUCACAAACCUGUGACAGCUUCACCACAGCACAGAUGAGCUUUGCACGUAGUGGGCAUGCUGUGGCAUCAAUUGGAGGGCUGAUAUAUGCUAUUGGUGGUGAAAAUGAUUCUUUGAUAUAUGAUACUGUGGAAUGCUAUGACCCAGUGUUAAAUUCAUGGUCAGUUGUUGCACCUUUGACUGCACCCAGGGUAGCGUGUGGUGUCUGUGUUGUUGAAGACUUUAUUUUUGUGAUGGGUGGUUGGGUAGGGUCAGAGAUUGCAGAGAAUAUUGAAAGAUAUGAUCCAGAUCUUGAUCAGUGGGUAGUUGUUGGUAAGGUGGAAACAAAGAGGUUUCAUCUUGGUGUGGCUGAAAUGGAUGGAUUAAUUUAUGUGGCUGGUGGUUUGAGUGACCUAGGAGAGGAACUUAAAGUGUUUGAGUGUUACAACCCUGUCAGUGAUUCCUGGAUGAGGCAGCCAGACAUGCGUCACAGAAGGGCUUACCUGGGACUUGCAACAUUAGGUAGCGUCUUGUAUGCCAUGGCUGUAACAGGUCCUGCUUUGUCAAUUGUCCAAUGA